AUGUGUACUACAGAUUCCGGUCUUGAAAUAGAUAUUCAAAAAUGCGAUGUCUCAGCAGGUCAUAUCUCCCAAGUUAUAAUCAGAGAAAUGCUCAUGCAAAUCACUUUCAGCCAGAUAACAGUUAGUAUGUACAUGGCUACUAAAGCAACCGCUCUAAAGACUCGAAAACCUAAAACUAAUAACUAUGUCAGCAUCUUAGAGCAGUUCCUGGAAAAAUGUAAUUUGUCGGCUAGCUCCAUUCCAGAACAAUUGAGCGAACAUGCUCCCGAACUAGAUGCUUUACUUCCAGAUUGGAUGGCCCGUAGAUGUGUUAAGGUAGCUCUUGCUAAACCUAAACAUUCAUUUAGUAAAGAGAAAAUAGAGGCUCUCCUACCAGAUAAGAGAAAGAAAAACCUCACUAUAGAAGGAAGGGCAGAAUAUUGUGCUAAGGCCGGUGAUUUUGUUAACAUUAUCGCUAAUCAUUGGGCAGUGAGUCCGAAAAAUAAAAAUGAAAAGGAAAUCGUUGCCGGUGUUUCACGUCAGUCAACAUUCCGUGUGAAGUUAGCAGAAGGCGGUGUAGAUCCUGCAAUUAUUGAAGCAUUUGCCAAAGAUAAGGAACUUAUUCAAGACUCUAACAAAAUUCAAAAAAAGCGAACUAAGAAGCGAAUGGCUAAUCCAGAUAGAAUUCCCAUACAUUUCUCCUUAGCAAAUGUGCAAAAGAGGAUCCAAAAUAUGGAUGUUAGUAAAAUUCCUACUAGAGAGGAUCUUGCAGAUGUGAUAGUGAUGUUGAGUAUAAGACCUUCAGAAGUAACAUCUCUUCAAAUUAAGCACUAUGAGCCAGAUGAACUACUUGGGAUUGAUCUUUCGAAUAUUCCAGCAUGGUAUAAAGAGGGAUAUUCUUGGUAUUGUACAGGAUAUAAGAAGGCAGAUGGAAGAAUCCCUUGUCCACUUCUUUCUAUGGAAAAGAAUCCAGAACGCGCAAGAGAAUUGCUUACCUGGAUUCAAGAUACAAUUAAGGCUAAAAAGUUAUCUGACCCUGUCUUUACUGAAAGUGGGACACGUAGUGCUUGGCCAUUUAAUGAAUUCUUGAAGCAAGAACCUUAUAGAACCAUACCUAAAAAUUUAAGAGAUUAUGGAUUUAAACAUGCUUCCAGAGUUCAUGGUGGCAAAAAUCCAACCCCCCAACAUCUUAAAUUGCUUUUGAGAAUCGCAAUGAGGCAAGAAUCUGACCGUCUUGAUGCAGGUGAUAAUUAUACUAUAGGCGAUACAGAAUUAGAAGACUCCGGACCUGAAGAUGAGCAUAACUCAGACCUAAAAUCGGAGUCUACAGAAAAUGAUGAAAUAUCUGAAAUUAUCAAUAUGUAUAGUUAUUAA